AUGGAACAGUACAUUGGGGAUAGGAACCUUGGCAUAUUCUCUGUGGCAGAAAGAGUGGAGCCCAACAAAAGAUUAGGUUUUACAGUUGAAUCAUGGAAAGUACGCCAUGUAUCCGGAACAUUCGCAACAGAAAAGAUAGAGUUGUCAGAAGAUUUUAAAGUAUCUGCGUUUCCUUCACAAAGCGUGCAAUUUGAUGCCCUGAUUCAAUAUGACACCAAAAUACACACCAUUGAACGUGAAAGGUUUCUAAGAUUUUGGAUUGAGGGGGAAUCGACCAUAACCUUGGUUGCUAUGAGCAAGGCAGAUGAAAUCGUCGGUUACGGCGUCAUUAAGCGUGAUUCUAACAAUACUAUCCUUAUUGGCCCACUUUAUGGUGAAACCCCCGCCAUUAUAAAAAGCUUACUGGUCAGCUUAAUGGGCAAGACUACUUUUGGUGAAAUUGUGGACAUGUGGGCACCUGUUGGGAGCGAAAUUUUGAAAGAAUUGCUGUCUGAGAAUAAAAGCACACUUAAAGUUCAUGCGGACGUGACCCGAAUGUUUUACCAUCAUGACGUGAAGGUUCCACAGGAAAAGAUCUUUUUAAUUGCGUCAGCAACAGCAGCUCAUCAUUGUUGA